UGUAUUACUGCCAGGGAGUUGAUGCUUGCGCUACUCAACGUGAAUGUUACCAACAAGAUAUGGGCACCCUUUUAAAGCAUAAGAACCAGUACCAGACCUUUAACAGGGCCCUAGCCCAACCCAAGUCUAAAUGGCAAAGCCUUGGUGCUAUCUUGAAGCAUUCUUGGCGCUCUAGAAUAGAAUCAAGGUGUCACAGCCAAUCAGCUAGCCAGCAUUGUACUCGUCUACCGUGGUGGCACCCACAGCAUAGUCCCCUUGCUCCCACUCCCAGGAUUGCUGCUCACAGUUAUCGCGCAACAAGUCUCCCUGCAGGGACUGAGCAUCAUGUGGUGGAUCUGCGCAGUGACACAGUGACCCGGCCCAGCCCUGAAAUGAGGCAAGCGAUGGCUCAGGCAGAGGUGGGAGAUGAUGACUACGGGGAGGACCCCACAGUCAAUGAGCUGCAGAAUGUCACUGCUGACCUCCUGGGAAAGGAAGAGGCGUUAUUUGUACCCACUGCCACCAUGGCUAACCUCAUUGCCGUCAUGUGCCACUGUCGCAGACGAGGGGCGCAGCUUCUACUUGGGAGACAGGCCCACAUCCAUGUUUUUGAGCAUGGAGGGGUUGCACAGGUGGCUGGAGUCCAUUCAGAGAUAUUGCAGGACCUGCCAGAUGGGACCAUCAAUCUUGAUGAACUGGAACAUAAGAUCCAGCAGAGUUACGGAAGUCAGUACCACCCCCGGCCUGAGCUUAUCUGCCUUGAGAAUACCCACUGCUCGGCAGGGGGACGGGUCCUUCCCCUUCAGUACUUGCAAGAGAUGCGUCAGCUCGCCCACCGGUAUGGACUGAAGAUACAUCUGGAUGGGGCCCGUGUACUUAAUGCUGCAGUGGCCCUGAGAGUUCCGCCGAGUCACAUCACUCAGCACUGUGAUUCGGUUUCCCUGUGUGUCUCUAAGGGUGUGGGCGCACCGGCUGGGGCCCUGCUAGCUGGACAGAGAGAAUUCAUCGCUGAGGCUUGGCGUAUGCGGAAGCUUCUUGGAGGUGGGAUGCGCCAAGCCGGGGUUCUGGCAGCAGCUGCCCUUGUUGGAUUGAGACACAUGGAGGAAACACUGCAGAAGGAUCACAACAAUGCCAGGAGCUUUGCUGAAGGAGUGUGCAGCCUCGGGUCUUCUCUCUGCUCCGUAAACCUGGCCUCUGUGGAGACCAAUAUCGUCAUGAUGACAACAUCGGCGUCGAGGCUGGCUCCUGCCAAGCUGUGUGAGCUCAUGGAGGCCGUGAGCGAAGAGGAAGUCGCUACCACGGGCCAAGCCAUCAGUGUGCGGCUCUUCCCAUGGGGUGAGCAUUUGCUGCGUGCCGUCUGGCACUGCGAUGUCUCUGCUCACGACACGCAGCUGGCUGGAAGCAAGUUGCGCUUUGUGCUGGACAAGUGGGAGCAGGAGCAUGUACAUGUAUACUGAAGCCAGGUGUAAACUGGAGUUUCUGAAACUCAGCCUGUAAGCCUGUGACUGGUCAGCGCUGGCCUGGCUAGAGG